AUGGAUGGGGUCAAAACCAAUGACAGCGCCUUUCCCAGCUUGGUGGAUCUGGAUGACUUUCUCAACAAGCAUGACUCUAACUUCGUCUGGCUCCUUGUGGCCACUAUUCUAUCCUGUGGAUGGAUCAUCUAUUUAACGUAUUACAACUCCCGCAACAUUGGCCUCAUCCUCACCCUCAUCAUCAACAGACUGUACAAGGAUGGCUACAUUCACAUUGGUUCCUUCUCUUUCUCUGUGUUGUCGGGGAAGGUGAUGUUCAGAGAUGUGUACUUUAUCAACCAAGACAUGUCCAUCAGGAUACAGGAUGGUUUUCUCAUAUUUCGUUGGUGGAAAAUGUACAACCCAAAACAGAAACAGCAUGAUCCCAAGGCAGAGACCAGGCUUUACGUGACGGUCAAUGGCUUUGAAUUCCAUGUCUACAACCGCACCGACCUCUAUGCUCGGCUUCAGGAAACCUUUGGCCUUGAACCUACCCUCAUCCUACCCAAGAAGGACGAGGAGAGGACACAGGAAGACAGUGAGAAGACUCUAGACAGUGUCAACAUCAAAACAGAGAGCCCAGACCCCUCAUCCUCGUGGCGUUCCCUCAUCCCUGUCAUCAAAGUCAACAUCAGCGCUGGCCGUUUGGCUUUUGGGAACCACCACCUGCCCCAGACGCUGUGUGUUAACUUUGAAGAUGCCAUCCUGACAUAUGCCACCAAGCCCCCCUCCAGCCACCUGGAUCUGUACAUGCACAUAAUCAAGGGCUCGCUGGAGAACGUCCGCGUCAUGCUGGUGCCUAGUCCACGUUACCUGGGCAUGCAGAACGAUGAACCCCCAAGACUGAUGGGUGAGGGCUUUGUGGUGAUGCAGUCCAAUGAUGUAGACAUCUACUAUUAUCAGGAUGAACCAGGCUUGGUCCCUAAAGAGCAGGACAGUUGUGAGGCAGAGACAUGCAGCGAAGGGGACAAACUCCAGGACCUGCCACCCUGUAGAGGCCUGGACAUUGUGUGUGGCAAAGGAACCGACUUCAACUAUGGGCCCUGGGUAGACCGACAGAGGGACUGUCUGUGGAAGUUCUUCCAGCCAGCUGAUUAUGAGCCCAUGAAGGUGACCGGGGUCGCCGAGCCGGGGAAACCCAGGCAGAUCCUGGCCUUUGAGCUGAGGAUGAACAUCAUCGCCGAUGCCACCAUCGACCUGCUGUUCACUAAAAACAGGGAAACUAAUGCCAUCCAUGUCAAUGUGGGCGCAGGGUCAUACCUGGAGGUCAACAUUCCCAUGACUGUGGGAGAGGAAGGGUACUCUCCCACCAUAAAAGGACAACUGCUCCAUGUGGACACCACCAGCAGCAUGCAGUACAGGACUCUAUUGGAGGCAGAGAUGCUGGCUUUCCAUGUGAUCGCCAGCUAUCCCCGGGUCUGGAACAUGCCUCAGUCUUGGCAGUGUGAGAUUGAAGUGUACAAAGCCACUUACCACUUCAUCUACGCUCAGAAAAACUUCUUCUCUGACUUGAUCCAGGACUGGGCUAGCGAUAGUGCCCCGGACAUUUACUCCUUUGUUCCCUAUGAGUGGAAAUUUAAGGUCCUCUUCCACCAGUUUGAGAUGAUCUGGGCUGCCAACCAACACAACUGGAUCGACUGUUCCACAAAGCAACAAGAGAAUGUGUACCUCGCAGCGUGUGGUGAGACCCUCAAUAUUAUUUUCACCCUGCCCUUCACCGAGUUUGUCCCAUCCACCUGCAAUACGCGCUUCAGCUUGAGGGCAGAGGACACAGACAUGUGCCUGUCUUUGCCAGAGUGCCACCCUAGCCGCUACCCUCUUCUCACUUUGGCCAAAGACUACCAGAAUGUCAAGCUGCCCCCAGACAUGUUCAUCCCCGGCGAGACUCACAGCACCAUCCCGCCUAAGCCAGCCAAGUCCCGAUGGAGGAACAUCACCCACGCAGAAGCUGGCUGGGUGGACUGUUGGAGUGUACCUAACUUCCUGCUCAUUAUUGACUACACCUGGCAUCCCAUCUAUCCCCAGAAGGCUGAUGAACAGCUUAAACAAUCAUUGUCAGAGAUUGAGGAGUCCAUGCUGUCAGCUCUGCGGCCCCCAGAGAACAUCUCGGGUCCCCACAGAACCCCACUACCCUACACCUCCCAAUGUCCUGCGGCUGCCCACAGCCGGGUGUCCACAGACCCCUCAGAACUGCCACCUGACAGGUUGCAUGUGGAGAUGGAGAUGUCCCCAGACUCUCAGAUCAUCCUUUAUGGGCCCAUGCUCAGAGCUCUGGUAUCCAUCAAGGAAAACUACUUUGGCGAAGAUGACAUGUACACAGACUUCGAGGAGGCAGUGUCCAGUCCUGUUCUGUCCAUGUCUACAUCCUCAGGCUUGGGCUGGUCUCCUCUGGGCAUGGAGGACAGCGAGCGGCAGGAGAAUUCGAACAUUCACCCCCUGGACCUUCGGCCUUGGGACAUCACAGUGCUUAUCAACCUUUACAAGGUCCAUGGCCGCCUGCCAAUGCACUGCAGCAGUGAGGGUCCUGAAGGUCCGUCAGGCUUCCUGGAGCGACUGUGUUUUGAGAUGAAGAAAAGUUACAAGGAGACCAUGCUGCAGCUGCUCCUCUCUCCUCUCCACAUUUUCAUCAGCGACAACUACCAGCGUCCGACAGCAGAUGGGGUGUUGAGAGAUGGCCAUCUCAGUCUUUCCGGCCUACAGAUGAGGGCCCAUGCCAUGUUCUCCGCCCAAGGGCUGCCCCUGGGCAGUGACACGUUGGAGUAUGCUUGGCUCAUCGACAUGCAAGCGGGGGCGCUCACCGGCAGGGUCACUGUUCCACAGUUGGCCAGUGUGAUGGAGUGGGGCGAGACCUUCCUCUUCCACCUGGUUUCCAGAGAGUUCCAGUUAGAGCAACCCAAGUCAUCUGUCAUCUGCCAGCAUGGUGUAGAUCGUCGUCUCUGUGAUGCCAAGCUGAGCUGCCUGCCGGGUCACUGUCGGACAUCAGAAGAGUUAAAGUACACCAUGACCCGACUGGCUGUAGACGGCGUGGACCUCUUCAUUGUGGAGCAUGGCUUUGCCGCCAACAUCAGGACGGGUGCCAUUCGUGUGGCUAACUGCAACUUGCACAACCAUGCUGUAGGAGAGGGCAUCAGCGCUGUGGUACAGGAUGUCAACAUUCGUCAGUACAUUGAGCAACAGCAGCAGCAGAGGGAGGGGGCAAGGCUGCAGCCAGGAGGCCAGGGUCAAGUUCAGGGUCCAGCAAUAGGUCUUUGCCAGCCCACCCUGCUGCGAUGCUCUUUCUGGCUGGAGGCAGGUUCCAUCAACUUAAAUCUCAUCACGGCAGAUAUAGCCCUGGCAGCAGACCACCCAGCCAAAUGUGAAGUCCAGAGGCAGUUUUUGGAGCUCCAUGAUGCCCACACCAAGAGACUCUGGUUCCUAUGGCCUGAGGAGCCUGGUGCCCGGAACAAGCGCAGCAGGAACCGCUGUGGAUGCCUUGGGGGCUGCAGGUUCUUUGGGGGUACCAAUGUGGGUCUGGACUUCUUCAAGCUCGAGGAAAUGACACCUUCAUCCUCAUCAGCCUUCUCUUGCUCAAGUGCUGAUUCAGACAUGUGCUAUGGGCAAUCUCUUCUGCAGCCCGGGGAGUGGAUCAUCACCAAGGAAACGCCCAAGCUAGUGGAUGCAAGGGGUGUUGGGCUGAAGAGGGAAACCCAUUCACCUGGCCCUCCUCCUGAGCUGCCCGAGAGACGUGGCCAACAACACCUGAGUCUUCAGGUCCCCCAGCGCUCUCACAGCUCAGCCUCCUCCUCAGAGGAAAACAGUUCCUCCAGCGCUGCAUUGCCCCUAUUGGCAGGAGAGAGGGACACGCCUUCUCCAAGCACAGAGGAAGUCGUCUUCCCCAUGAAUGGCAAGACCACUGCUGACACUCUAGAAGAAGUCCCAGAGGGAUCAUCGGUCUCCCCCAACAGCACUCAGGAGCGCUCGUCAGUGCGCUCACCUCUCUGCUCCCCUCUCAAACGCCAGUCCUCUGUCCACUCAAGUCGGCUUGGCAGCACUAAGAGCCUCUCAGCCGCUGUCCUUGCAGAUAAACCCCCACCUACUCUCCCUGGAGGUGUUCAGUUCAGCAGUGAGGUGUCCCGCAGUGAUGAGAAUGUUCUAGACUCACCACGGCAACGCAGGAGUUAUGGCUCCUUUCCCUUCACACCGUCAGCUGAUUCUAACAUCUUCCAUCAGUACCGCUCGGCAGACUCCAGUAUGUCUGUGGCUGACAGCGAGGCUUACUUCUCCGCUGCUGAAGACUUUGAGCCAAUCAGUAGUGCAGAUGAGGGUCCAGGGACGUAUCCAGGCCGUAAGAAGAAGAGGAGGCAACAGAUGCAGCAGCCGCAGCAACAGCCGUACCACAUGGAGAACUACAGCCGAAGCUCCAUCUACCACAGUGUGGAGGGGCCACUUACAUAUGUGCUAAAUGGUGAACUGAUCACGGACCCAAGGCCUCUGCCCAUGCCUCCUAUUCUUCCCCUAUUGACGCCCCAGCCCCUUCCCAGUCACACAUCCCAGGCAUCCUUUGUCUCAGCACUGGCCAUGGAAGAGGAAGGCUCUGUGGAUGUAGAGAAGAUGGGUGAGCCAGGCCUGGUGACCCGACAGCCACAUGUCAUGGCAUGCUACCAGAACUACUUAGCCCACUACCAGGUGACUAAUUGGUCUGUGAAGCAGCCCACUAAUAAGAGAACCUCUAAAUCCUCCCUGCACCGCCCCUUGGACCUGGACACACCCACCAGCGAGGAAAGUUCUGCCUCCUUUGACCAGCUCUCUGUUCCCAGCUUUAAGGUGGUAAAGCAAGGCCUUUCAGCCAGCUCUCUACUUGACAGAGGAGUUCAGCUGAUGGAGGACACAAACAGCACACCAUACACCCCGCUAGAUAAGAAGGCCAUGGACAACACAGAUGAAGACACAACAACAGAGGACUGGACCUUGGAGCUAUCUUUGGCCCAGACUAGGACAACAGCCAUCGUGGAGGUGAAGGGGGCCAUUAAUGUGGUGCUCACACCCCUGGUAGCUGAGGCCCUAGACAGGUACAUUGAGUCCAUGGUCCACUUCGCCAGUAUUCGUCAUCCUGCAGCCAUUCUCGAUGAUCUGCAUGGGAAAGUCCUCAAUGAAGCUUAUCAGAUCAGCAAGUCCACCGUUACUGAGUCUAGCCAAGCAGUAAAGCACGAGCCAAAGCUGUCCAAGACAGAGGGUGCACCGCCUGGCUCCCUCAACAUUCCUCAUGCCCAGACAGACUUGUCCAUCAAACCAGAUAACGUGAAAAUCAAGGGGCUGCAAGCCAACGUUUCCAUCCCCAAGGUGAACCUCUGCCUCCUUCAAGCGUCUGUGGAGGAGGGCUCACCUUCCUGCUCAACCAAGUGUGUCACCCACAUGUCUCUCGUGGCGCUGUGCUUUGACAGGAUUGCCACCCAGUUCCGAAUGAACAGGGGUAUUGUAGAGGAGACUGCCAACAGCACGGAACAUGGCCGACCCUCCGUCAUGUUGGACAAAUAUGCAUCCGCCACCAAAAUGCAGCCUCAGUCAUCGGGCUCGCUACGCUCAAACGCUGGCAUUGAGAAGGGCAAGGAAAUCGCUGCCCGGCUCAACAUCCACCGCAUCCACAGUCAGCUCCGAGGACUUGAUUCUACAGAUAUCGGCACAUGUGCCAUCACGGCUAUCCCCUUUGAGAAGUCCAAAGUGCUGUUCAGCCUCGAAGAGAUGGAGGAGUUCUCUCUGGUGGAUGAGACCGAAGCCCAGGCCCUGGCGUCCGACCCGUCCCGCUCCAUGGCCUCGGUGGAGAAGUGGGGCUGGAUCAUGUUUGAGUGUGGCAUCGAGAACCUCACAGUUAAAGGUGGCCGUCAGUCAGGAGCCAUUCUUUACAGUGCAUUUGAUGUGAUGGGGUGCUCUGACACUGAUGGGAAGACUGGCUUGUCUAAAUCCAACGCUUCAACAGGCUCCCAGACUGGCAGUGGUUACAGCACGGACGUGUCCGAGGAUAACCUCCCACAUGACACUACUAGCCCCGCCUCGGAUGUCAACGAUCACUCAGACUCAGACGAUCAGGAUGAAGGGGUUGAGUCAGAUGAUCUAAAGAAAGACCUCCCACUCAUGCCCCCACCCCCUGACUCCAGCAGUAUGAAGCUUACUAUCCGAGAGAUCUGGUUUAGCUUUGCUGCUCCCACCAAUGUGCAUUCGCCCUCAGAAGCCAUCUCCAGGCAGCUGAAUCUACUGAGCACAGCCACACCUGCCAUUGGAGCCUGGUUGGUUCCCAUCGAUCAGCUUAAGUCCUCUCUACGCAAACUGGACUUGGAGGGUACGCUCAGAGUGUGUGCUGUCAUGGGCUGCAUCAUGACCGAAGCCCUUGAGAAAAAGAGCAUCCACAUCCCAAUCAGGAGCAAGUACAACCGUGUGACUAAACGAGCUCGAUACCUACAUGAGAAUCCCUCCUGUAUGCUUUGUAAUAUCCUGCACCGCUAUCUCCAGCAAGCUGACUACUCUGUCAUAGAGGAGGCAACCAUGAAUGAUGGGCUUCCGGCCCUGGUGACUCUAAAGAAGGGCCUGGUUGCCUUGGCAAGACAGUGGAUGAAGUUCAUUGUGGUAACUCAGGGCUUCAAGGCCAUUGGCCUAAUGAAGGCCAACCAGCUAGCCAAGCCCAGGGAGCCUCAGCAGAGCCUUGGGGAAGGGAUCCUGGGACUGGACAACGGUGCCGCACUGCAGAGUGAUACCAGUGCAGAUGGAGCUGAAUUUGAGUUUGAUGCAGCCACAGUGAGUGAACACACCAUGCUUUUGGAGGGAGCAUGCAGUCGUCCCCCACCAAAAGAAGGUAACUCGGGUCCUGUCAGUGGAGUGGAAAUCAUGAGAAAGCUGUCCAAGUCCCAUACACACAGCGAGUCUGCACACAAAAUAAAGGGCUCCCAUCCAUACCAGUCCUUGAGCUACACCAGUGGCGACACAGUUGCUGACUCGCCCGCUCACGUCAGCCGGGCAGGCUUGCCAGCGAAGGACAGUCCGAGGAAGGAGAGUCUUCUGAGCAACCUGACGGGCAGUUUUCGAAGUUUGCACAACUUAUUGGAAGGCACACCCCAGCGAAAUGAACCGUCUGCUGCCACUGCAGCCAAGAGCAGCUCCCUCACUCGCACAGGGAACAGCCAAGGGACAGACAUGCUUACGGAGCACCCCCUGCUGUCGGAGCCCUCUUCAGUCAGCUUCUACAACUGGAUGUCUAAUGCUGUGGGCAAUAGGACGGGGGCCGGGGUCCAGGAGUCUCCUGUCAACCGCGUCCAACACAACAGCCUGCAGACUGGUGGCUUGUGUAACCUGCCUACCAUCCCCUCAGCAUCAGACUUCAACACAGUGCUAUCCAGUGACCAAAACACCCUGGAUGGAACCCACUCGCUGCAUUCCCAGCACAGUACUAGUCAGGAUGACAUAGCUGACAUUGAGGAGGGCAAUCAGUGUCCUGCUGCUGUGCAACUGGCUGAUGCUCAGGUUGUUUUCAGGCCUCUGCUGAGCCAUACAGGAAUCCAGGCCCAGGACACCACUCCUCUGAGUUACAAGAUGUACUUUGGAGAGCAUCUCUCCUUCUCCGGCACCCUGGAGUGUCUCAGAGCAGACAUCGUUGACUCUGACACUUCCAAAGAGCGUAAAAACAAAAGGUCCCGGAGACAAGGGAUGGUCAACCUCCCUCCAUUAGAUUUUAAGCCAGCUCUGCUGAUAGAGACGUUCAGCCUGAACGCAGUGGUGACGGAGAAAUCAACCAGCACCCCACAGGGUCCGACUGCUGCCCCACUCUCAUUCCAUGACCUAAGUCGUCGCCACUACAACACCUUCCACUGCGACUUCACCACUGCCUGCCAAGCCAUCAGCCAGCGUGUGGACAUGGCUCUAGUUCGCCUCAUCCACCAGUUCAGUACCAUGAUUGACGACAUAAAGGCCACGCAAACCGACAUCAAACUCAGCCGCUACACAGCUGGCUCCGCCUCCCCCACGCCUACGUUCAAGGCCAGGCCUUAUCGUCAUUUCAGGUCGUCUGACUUAAGCCGCAGUUCACGAGGCAGUCUCAACGGGGCAGGCCGCAGCGGGACCCAGACACUGAAAAGUAAGAGAGGGGUGGGAGGAGGGGGAGGAAGUGGAGGGGUAGGAAGUGGAGCAGUUGUUGGAGGGCAGCCUCUGAAUGGACCGCCAUCAGGAAUGGACACUUUGGGAAGAAGAGAGCCCAGGGGACGCAGCUCGCUGGGACGUUCAGAGCGACGUACUUCCAAGGUGUCAAGGAAGGGUUCUCGUGAUGUGGCAGACCACAUGGCAAUCCAGAUGGAUGACUCAGACUCCAUCACGGUAUCGGAGCAGAGCGAGCCAUCAGCAGAAUGCUGGCAGAAUAUGUACAAGCUCCUCAAUUUCUACUCUCUCAUUUCUGAUCCCACUGGCAUCCUCGACAAAAGCUCCCCAGAGAAUUGCCUCUCAGAUGGUGGGCGUAGGGCAUCAGAGCCCCUCUGUAAAGUGAUCUUUGAGAACGAGCAGCAAGACUCCACAGCAUUUAUCAAGCCGCUGGGUGCUGGUGGGCGGCGGCGUAGCCUGGUGAGCUCCGAGCCACAGCAUGUCACUCUUAUUGUGUUUGGCAUUGGCAUGGUGAACCGCACUCACUUGGAGGCGGACAUUGGUGGACUGACUAUGGAGGCGGAGCUGAAGAAGAUCCACGGCAGUUUCACACUGAAAGAGAAGAUGAAAGAUAUCCUGCACCAGAAGAUGACCGAGACCUGUGCUUCUGCCCACAUCGGAGGGGUAAACAUUGUGCUCCUGGAGGGGAUCACUCCGGAUAUCCAAACGGUGGUGAAAUGCAACAUUGCCAAGUCCCAGGCCUUUUACAGCGCCCAGCGAGGACUGAAGACCAACAACGCAGCUGUGUUCAAAGUAGGGGCCAUCAUGAUCAACAUCCCCCAGCAUCCAGCAACACUGCACAGCAUGAUGGUCCGCAGCUCCCACCAGCUCUCCAAGCAGAUCUCGGACCUCAUCAGACAGCCUGCCAACAUUCCACCAUCUAACAGAGACAACACCCCCACCCCCCAGCCCUCUGAUAAGGCAUCCAGCACAAACCAGACCCCCGUGGAGGCCAACGAGUUCCCCCAACUUCCUGAGGGAUUAGAGAAAAAGCCCAUUGUUCUCAAGUUCAGUGCCAUGAUGGACGGCAUCACCAUUGGAGCCGCCCUGCUCCCUUCAUUGAAGGCAGAGUACAAGAUGGGCCGCAUGAAGAGCCAUGGCAUGACAGGGGCACAGACCAGUUUUACAUUUGAGUUGCCACACCAUAAGUUGUGCUUCCAGUCAAAAGUGUCCCCAGUAGGCAUGUCCACCAUGCCCCCAUCAGCCAGUCUAAACCUUCCACCGGUCACCAUGUCAGGAGAGUAUAUCAUGGAGGACCAUGAGAGCCACUCAGACCAGGGCUGGGCUACUGAGGACUUCCCAAGUAAACAGGGAAACUACCUCCAAGGCAACUACCUACGUUGUGUGGCUGAGAUUGGCUCUUUUGAGCACAACUUGACCACAGACUUGCUCAACCAUCUGGUCUUCCUGCAGAAGGUCUUCAUGAAGGAAGUCAACGAGGUUAUCCAGAAGGUGUCAGGAGGAGAGCAGCCCAUCCCUCUGUGGAAUGAGCACGACACGUCGACUGAUGCAGACAAGCCAAAAAUCCUGCUGUACUCACUCAGUCUCAUGUUCAAGGGCAUUCAGAUGACGGCCACAACGCCAUCCAUGCGAGCAGUACGGUUUGAGACGGGCCUUAUUGAACUGGAGCUGUCCAACAGAAUCCAGUGCAAGACUCAGCCCGGCGGCAGCAGCAGCUACCUCAAGCUGUUUGGCAAAUGCCAAGUGGACCUCAACUUGGCCCUCGGGCAGAUAGUCAAGCACCAGGUGUAUGAAGAAGCAGGCUCAGAUUUCCAUCAGGUGGCCUACUUCUGCACUCGUAUCGGCCUAAGGAACGCCCUUCAGGAGGAGAUCAGCGGCUGCUCGGACAAGGAGGCGGUCCUCAUCACGCUCAACAGGCCGAUUGUUUUUGCACAGCCCGUGGCAUUUGACAGAGCUGUGCUCUUCUGGCUUAAUUACAAGGCCGCUUACGACAACUGGAACGAACAGAGGCUGGCCCUCAACAAGGACAUCCACAUGGCCACCAAGGAGGUGGUGGACAAGUUGCCCGGCAUCCAGCAGACGUCCGCCCAGGCCUUCAGCACCCUCUUCCUGCAGCUGACCGUCAACGACCUCGGCAUUUGCCUGCCCAUCACUACCACUUCCCAGACCAGCCGCAGCAUCGACUGUGACACAGGCUCCGCCCUGGUGCUGACCAUUGAGAGCACGCUGAUCACCGCCUGCUCCUCUGAGUCCCUGGUCAGCAAAGGCCACUUCAAGAAUUUCUGCAUCCGUUUUGCCGAGGGCUUUGAGACCUCCUGGGAUGACUGGAAGCCCGAGGUCCGCGGGGACCUAGUAAUGAAUGCAUGUGUAGUCCCUGAUGGUACUUAUGAAGUUUGUUCCAGGACUACCGGACAACCCUCUGCUGAAAGCAGUAGUGCUGGCACCUGGACCCUGAACGUGCUGUGGAAAAUGUGCGGCAUUGAUGUUCACAUGGAUCCUAACAUUGGCAAACGCCUUAACGCCCUGGGCAACACAUUGACCUCCCUGACGGGCGAAGAGGACAUGGAUGACAUCACUGACCUCAACUCUGUCAACAUGGCAGACCUCUCAGAUGAGGAAGAAGGGGACACCAUGUCCCCCACCAUCCACAAUGAGGCCAUUGACCCGAGGCGGCAGAUGGCGAUGGGAAACCAAGUGGUGGAUGCUCGCGGGAGGAAAUUCACUAAGAGACUGGUGGAUAUAAGGGAGCUGAACGAACAGGCCAAAGUCAUCGACGACCUCAAGAAACUGGGGGCCAGCGAAGGCACGAUCAACCAGGAGAUCCAACGCUAUCAACAGCUGGAGUCUGUGGCCGUCAAUGACAUCAGGAGAGAUGUCCGAAAGAAGCUGCGACGAUCCAGCAUGCGGGCCGCCUCUCUAAAAGACAAGUGGGGCCUGGGCUACAAGCCGAGCUACAACCGCUCCAAAAGCAUCUCUGCAGCAGCAGGCCGACCCCCUCUGAAGAGGAUGGACCGACAGAGUUCCAGGAUAGGGGACGUAGACGACCUGCCAGAUAUCCGUGUGGACGCGUCCUCUCCUGGGCCCAGAGUCACCUUUAACAUCCAGGACACGAUUAAUAGUCAGGCCAUGGAAUCCACAAACACGUCUGUCAGUCCUGGAGAGGUAUUCAAGUUCCCUGAGGAGACAGAGGUGGACCUGUUGUCGGUUACCAUUGACGAGCCAUCACAUCCUCAUCAUCACCAUCAUCCUCAUCGUUUCCCAUCUGUUAGCAACGGUCAAUAUCCAGUGUUCAGUGCCCCUGCAACCCCAGCUGUCUUCUCACCCGUACUUCCCUUCCAGCAUGAUGACAUGAGGCGUGACGAGCUCUCCUCCUCCUCUUCUGAAGACUCUGACAAAGAGGACGAGUAUGAACAUGAGCGACUGCCGAGCUACCGGAAGCCUGUCCAAACGCCUCAUAAGAAGCACUCAGGCUUUGCUGCUGUCACUCAGCUGUUCAGCGAACGCUUGCCCAGCACACCAAGUAACCGCAGCUUCAUUAGCCCGCCCUCUGAGAGAAAUAUUGACUUUGAGCUAGAUGUCCGUGUGGAGAUAGACAGCGGCAAGUGUGUCCUGCACCCCACUACUCAGCAACCUGAACACGAGGACAUCACCUUCAAGAGGAGCUGUGAGCGCAGCCUCAGGAGUCUGGACCAGGAGUCUCCCCCAAAGAAAAAAAAGUUGCAGCCCACAUACACAUCCACUACCCACCUCUUAGCUGGCAAGAAGUGUCCAUCUACCCUGCAGACAAAGUCCAAUGACUUGGAGACUACCAUCUUUUACAUUCCAGGAGUAGAUGUAAAGUUGCAUUACAACUCCAAGACCCUGAAGACAGAGUCGCCCAAUGCCUCACGUGGAUCCUCCCUCCCUCACACUCUCUCAAAAGAAUCCAAGCUCUAUGGUAUGAAAGAUAGUGAUCCUCCAAAUGCUGCCCAAAGCAAGACUAACUUGCUCCAUCCUCCCCUGCCCCCACCUCCUCCAUCAGCCAAGGGCAAGGGCAGUGGUGGGAUGAAGGCAGCCAAGCUUUAUGCCUGGGUGGCCCUACAGACACUGCCAGAAGAAAUGGUUAUCAGCCCCUGUCUACUGGACUUCCUGGAAAAAGCCCUGGAGACCAUUCCCAUCACUCCUGUGGAAAGGAACUACACAGCAGUGGCCUCUCAAGAGGAGGACAUUGGGCAGUUUGAGCCAGUGGAGCAGUUGGAGGAGUCUGCCACCUCACUGGUGUCCUCGUCCACAUCAGCCUAUACCUCCUUCCCUGUGGAUGUGGUGGUUUACGUCAGAGUCCAGCCCUCUCAGAUCCGCUUCAGCUGCCUGCCCAUGUCCCGAGUGGAGUGUAUGCUCAAGCUGCCCUCUCUAGAUCUAGUCUUCUCCUCGAACCGUGGUGAACUGGAGACUGUCACGGGAGCCCCCCUCACUGAUGGACUUCAUUCAUCCUCCACCCCACAAGGGCAACACGUCCCCAAACCACCCACGACUAAAGCAUCUCCGCUGUUGGGGAGCCCUCUGGGCAGGAGCCGCCACAGCAGCAGCCAGUCUGACCUCACUGGCCCUCCCGGCAACUCCUCCGGCCUCAGCUUCACUGCGUGCAUGUCCGACUUCUCCCUCUACGUGUUCCACCCCUACGGCGCUGGCAAGCAGAAGUCAGCUGUAACAGGCCUUCCCCCAGGCCCCGGGCCUCUAGGUACGGUGGACGAGGAGCCAUCUUCAGUAACUGGGAGGAAAGACUCACUGAGUAUUAACCUGGAGUUUGUCAAAGUCAGCUUGUCUAGAAUGAGACGUACAGGAGGCCCUACCUUCAUUGAGAGCUUUAUCCCUGCCAAGGGCGGCAAGAUGGACACCACGCUUAUCAACAUCUCCGCUGUGUGUGACAUUGGUUCUGCCUCCUUCAAGUACGACAUGAGGCGUCUGAGCGAGAUCUUGGCCUUUCCCAGAGCCUGGUACCGUCGAAGUAUAGCCAGGCGCCUCUUCUUAGGAGACCAGACGAUCAAUCUGCCAGCAUCUGGCCCGGCCACCCCCGACUCUGUUGAGAACGUCACUCAGCACCUUUCCCCAGAGUCCAGCUGCAAAGCUUACUGGAGGACCUGGGAUGGUACCACCGGGGGGCAGCACAUGCCUCAGUCGCCCAACGCCUUUUCAGACCACUCCACCGGAAACAACAUGUCCCCGGCAGGUCUCUCCCACCUGAAGUCUCCAGUGCCUGGACGUACCAGGAGUGUGUCCGAUUCCUCUGCCCCUAGAAGAGACUCUGCGACCAAAACAUCUACGCCAUCAUUCACCAAGAAUGGCAAGUCAGCAGGCCAGCAGGGAACGCCCUGGGAGACUCUGGUGGUCUUUGCCAUCAACCUGAAACAACUCAAUGUUCAAAUGAACAUGAGCAACGUCAUGGGCAACAACAACUGGACCACCAGCGGGUUGAAGAGUCAAGGUCGUCUCUCUGUGGGCAGCAACCGGGACAGGGAGAUCUCCAUGUCUGUGGGCUUGGGCCGCUCCAAGUUGGACUCAAAGGGCGGGGUGGUAGGCGGCAAUAUCGAUGUGAACACCCUGGAGAUGGUUUCCCACAUCUCGGAGCACCCAAACCAGCAGCCCAGCCACAAGAUCCAGAUCACCAUGGGCUCAACUGAGGCACGAGUCGACUACAUGGGCUCCAGUAUCCUGAUGGGCAUUUUCAGCAAUGCCGACCUCCAGCUGCAAGACGAGUGGAAGGUCAACCUCUGCACAGUGGACACCAGCUUGUCGGAGAAAAGUGAGAUCUUUGUCCAUGGGGACUUGCAGUGGGACAUUUUCCAAGUCAUCAUUUCACGCUCCACCACCCCAGACCUCAUCAAGAUUGGCAUGAAGCUGCAGGAGUUCUUCACUCAGCAGUUUGACACUAGCAAACGGGCCCUGUCCACUUGGGGGCCCGGCCCCUACCUGCCCCCUAAAACCCCUGUCAUCAGUGUUGAGAAGGGAGCUGCUGAGCUGUACAUGGAUGCAGCCCACCACCGCCACUGGCCUGGGGUGCUGAAGGUUAUCGCUGGCUGUCAUAUCUCCCUCUUCCAGAUGCCCCUCCCUGAGGACACAGUGCAGCUGGGCGGCUCGAUGAGCCUGCACGGCAAUCAUAUGACCCUGGCCUGCUUCCAUGGGCCCAACUUCCGUUCUAAGUCAUGGGCCCUUUUCCACUUGGAGGAACCCAACAUCGCUUUCUGGACUGAGGCACAGAAGAUAUGGGAGGAUGGUUCCAACGAUGAUUCCACUUAUAUUGUGCAGACGCUGGACUUCCAUCUUGGUCACAACACCAUGGUAACCAAACCCUGUGGCGCGCUAGAGAGCCCAAUGGCCACAAUCACCAAAAUAACCCGCCGUCGACAUGAAAAUCCCCCACAUGGCGUCGCCACUGUGAAAGAAUGGUUCAACUAUGUCACUGCUAUGAGAAAUGAAGAGUUAAAUUUGCUGAGGAAUGUUGAUGCCAACAACCCCGACAGUGGAGCAGUUGCCAAAAGCUCCAGUCUGCUCAGCGGGUUCCGUGGCUCCUCCAGCUACAACCAUGAAACCGAGACAAUCUUCGCCCUUCCCAGGAUGCAGCUUGCAUUCAAAUCCAUCCACGUCCAAGACCCAGAUGAACCCUCCCUAACAGAUUCUAACAACAAGCCCAAGGUGGAGUGCAGUGUGGUGACCGAGUUCACCGACCACAUCUGUGUCACCAUGGACGCAGAGCUUAUCAUGUUUUUACAUGAUCUGGUUUCUGCUUACCUGAAGGAGAAGGAGAAAGCUCUUUUUGCCCCCCGGAUCUUCUCAUCUCGGCCAGGCCAGAAGAGCCCUACAGCCCUUCAUGAUGAGAGCUCUACAGAAAAGGAGGAGAGCAUCAAUUAUACCACAGUGGACUGGAGGGAGUUCAUGUGCAACACCUGGCACCUGGAACCCACACUCAGGCUCAUUUCCUGGACUGGCCGAAAGAUCGACCCAGUCGGUGUGGACUACAUCCUACAAAAACUUGGCUUCCACCACGCCAGGACCACAAUUCCCAAAUGGCUGCAAAGAGGAGUGAUGGACCCUCUUGACAAGGUGUUGUCAGUUCUCAUCAAGAAGCUGGGUACAGCCCUGCAGGAUGAGAAGGACAAGAAAGGCAGAGACAAAGAAGAGCAUUGAAGCUUAACUGUGAUACCUUGCUGAUGCAGAAGCUAGCGAUGCAUUGCGUUAUGAGCAGAAACACUGGAUUACUGUAUUGUGAUGGCCACUACUGUACAAAUCAUGUCAAACCUACCCAUUUUAACUGCUCCAGUGUGUACAUUUCUGUGUCGUUGUUUACUGUGGUGGAUGCCACUAUGGGCUCUGACUGAAGCAUUUUGCACCAAUGGGAAUGUUUAUUGUGAACAAAGUAGCAAAGUCUUGAUUCUUUUGCUUUAACUGAUAACCACUGCUGAAAACCAACUGAAUUUUAUCUUCUACCUGUUGAUUUAUUUACUGGAAUCAUUUUGAGGUUUAUUUUAAAGCUGACCAAUAUUUCCUGAGAAAUGAUCUCUCAAACUGUUGCCUUUUUCUUUGUUUCCAAUGGAACACAUAGUUAAUUGAGCUUCGUAUUUUAAAGCUUGGUUUUAAGAUAUAAAAGACAUUUCCAAAGCAACAUUGUUUUGAGAUGAUUAAUAUGAACAAACAGAACAUUUUAGCAUGUCACCUACUCUUGUGAAGAUAAGUGGAAUUUGUAAUGAUUUGAAAUUGGAUCAUUCAAGCCUCAGUGAAAUGUCAUCUAUAACUUAUAUUAGCUUGGUGUGUCAAGCCUGUUUUCUUUUUGUUUUAAUUUAUGCGAUGGACCAGUUUAUAUAAAAUAAAUGUGUUGAUUUCGUCAUUUAAUAAAAUCAUUGCCAUUUAAUUUUGAACGCUUUUCUAGACUGUCACUCUGAUAUCAUAUGUAGGUUAAAGUCCUACUAUGUAGAAUUUACAUUAAUAAAUAUCACCAAAUUUUCCAUUCAGUAGAUGUGUUGAGAUGUUAAAUAAUAAAGUCCACCUGUUUUUGA